UCACGCAAGUGAGAAGGCGCUAAGAGAAGUCACAAAGCUGGGGAGUUGAAUCUUUUAGCAGAUUGAUUUCUUCUCUAGCGAGAGCUGUCGAGUUAUAAUUCAAAGAGAUGUUAUCUCAUGGAAGUCAAAGACUGGCAAAAGGGGUCCCAGUCACCAUGGAGGACCGGCACUCCAAACAGACCAUGGAGCAGCAGGAUUCGUCCAAGGAGAGAAGUUCCCGAAGUCCGGGAGGUGACAUCUGCCACCUGGGGGCCCUGCAGUGCACACGCUGCCUCAUCACCUUCGCCGAUUCCAAGUUCCAGGAGCGCCACAUGAAGCGGGAGCACCCAGCGGACUUCGUGGCCCAGAAGCUGCAGGGGGUCCUCUUCAUCUGCUUCACCUGCGCCCGAUCCUUCCCCUCCUCCAAGGCCCUGAUCACCCACCAGCGCAGCCAUGGUCCAGUGGCCAGGCUCUCCCAGCCGGCAGCAACCACCACCACACCGCCCACCUUUCCCUGUCCCGACUGUGGCAAGACCUUUGGGCAGGCUGCUUCUCUGAGGCGGCAUCGCCAGGCACACGAGGCCCGCACCCUUCCUGGCCCCUUUGCCUGCACCGAGUGUGGUCAGGACUUUGCCCAGGAAGCAGGGCUGCACCAACACUAUAUCCGGCAUGCGCGGGGGGAGCUCUGAGAGUGGCUUAUGCCCGCCCCAGGGCCAUGGGAGCUCUUUGGCUGGUGGGACGGACGUCUGAUAUGGGAUGGGAGCCUUGGACUUUCCUCCCUGGAAAGGCAAAGGACUCCUGAUAAACAGGACCCAGAAGAUGCUCAUUUGGAGCUUCAGUCUUUGGAGGACAUAAAAGACUUCAGGGAAAGUCAAAUCAGACAAUAAUGAGAUCUAUUGUUUAAAAAGAAAUUAACAAGAGGGAAAACUGUUAUUUGUAUCUCCCUCAUCCCCAAUUAAAUAGUCUGAAAUCGCAA